GAAAGGGCAAAAAUAAGUGAAGGGGGAGCAAAAACAACAGGUAUAUCCUUUUGUUUCUAACACAACAGAAACAGAAGCCCUUUGCCAUCUAACAGUCAGCUCUGCUCUUAAACCAAACCAACAACAACAAUUGGAUCCAAACAUUCCCUUGUUUCACUUUCCUUUCUAUAAUUGCUAUGACUUUCCCUUCAACAACCUUUCUCUCACCUCCCUUUCGUCUCCUUUCUUUCUUUCUUUUUUAAACAAAGGAAUAGACUUUUGGUUUUGGGGGCUAAUAAAAGUUCAAUUAUGCCCAUUUGCUCAUUCUAAAAUCUAAACCCCACAGAAAAUUAGAAAUUUAAACCCGGAAUCAAAUUCCCACAUGUCUUCCACAUCUUUGUCCGAGACUACUACGGUGGCGUCUGAUUCCCACGCGCCGCUCCUCCGCCCCCGCCAGCCCGAUGCCUCGGCUGCUCGCCCUGCCACGCUGGCGCUUCUGUUGGGGCGGGCCACGGGGCGGCGUGGCGCUUCCAUGCUGGUGAGGGAGACCGCGGCACGUGAGUUAGAGGAGCGACGGGCGGACUGGGGGUACUCGAAGCCGGUGGUGGCGCUGGACAUGCUGUGGAAUACGGCGUUCGUGGCGGUGUCAGUGGCGAUGUUGAUCUGUACGGUGGAUGAGAGGACUAAUACUCCUAUUAGACUGUGGAUCUGUGGGUAUGCUUUGCAGUGCUUGGUGCAUGUAGUUUUGGUGUGGUUGGAGUAUAGGAGAAGGAACGUUAGAAGAACAUCUGCUAGGGAUGAGGAGAGAGGAGAUGCUACUUCUGGGGAUGCUAAUGAUAGUGAAGAUGAACAAGAUGGAAUUGAAAGGAGUGCUUUCGGUUCAAAUCAAUCAAGUGUAACUAAACGUUGUGAAUCAGUGAAUACUAUGGCAUCAUUUCUCUGGUGGAUAGUUGGCUUCUAUUGGGUAGUUUCCGGUGGUGAUUACCUUCUGCAAAAUGCUCCACGUUUAUACUGGUUGGCUGUGGUUUUUCUGGCAUUUGAUGUGUUCUUUGCAAUCUUUUGUGUUGUUUUGGCAUGUUUGAUUGGGAUUGCUCUCUGCUGCUGCUUGCCAUGCAUCAUUGCAAUUCUUUAUGCUGUUGCAGGACAGGAAGGUGCAUCAGAAGCAGAUCUUAGUAUCCUUCCAAAAUAUAGGUUUCAGAUUAUAAACAAUGGUGGGAAGGCUAGUGUGGGGGCUGGGAAAAUGGUCCCAGUAGAAACAAGCAGUGGAUACUUGGCAAAUGAGCGCAUACUCUUACCUGAGGAUGCAGAAUGCUGUAUAUGCCUAAGUUCAUAUGAAGAUGGUGCGGACCUCCAUGCUCUUCCUUGCAACCAUCAUUUUCAUUCAGCUUGCAUUGUGAAAUGGCUUAAGAUGAAUGCAACAUGCCCUCUCUGCAAGUACAAUAUUUUGAAGGGAAAUGAACAGGUAUGAAAGAAAGCAGAGCGGGCCUCAAAUGCUGGAUUCAGUUGUCAACACUAUCUGCAUAUGUACAGAAGAAACCAGAUCAUGAAGAGCGAUAGUCCUUUAUAUUUUUAGCUACAUUUUUCAUUUAACUGGCCUUUUGGAGUUGACUUGAUUCCUCUCAGCCCUGUGUGAGUUCUUCGACACACUCUUCAAGAAUAUGGAAAUAAUUUUCGUGCUUCAAAUGUUUAUCAGUCGUACUUGCUUCAUUAUCGGUAGAAUUGAAUAUCAAUGCUUAUUUGUAUAUUUGUUUCUGCAUCAACCUCACUUGUGAAUCAUACACAGUGUACUUUUUUUUUCGGCUGAGGAAUGUUGACAUUGAAUUUUUGCCAGUGAAUUUCCCUAUUUCCGCACUGCACA